AUGUCUGGCCCCUACGAUUCGUACUCUGGCUACGGCCAGCAGCAAUCCCAAUAUCCUCAACAAGGUUACGGUGGCGGUUAUCCUCCUCAGCAGGGCUACGAUCAAGGCUACCAGCAACCCCAGUACCCUCAGCAAGGCUACCCCAACUAUCCCUCGCAAGACAACUUCGGUCCUCCUCGUCGCCAGGACUCCUUCGGCCCCCCUCAGCAGGGCGGCUUCCAACACGGCCAGGCUGGCGGGCAGUAUGGCGCUUAUGAUGCCAGCAACCCGCAAGGACACCCAGGCUACUAUGGACAACCUCAACAUCAAAGCCAUGGCGGCAACGACGCCUAUGCUCAAAACCAGGCCUAUCAGACACAACUAGCCCAAGGUGGCGGUCAACAAGCAGGCCAGUAUCCCGAUCCGAACCAACACCAGUUCCAGGCACAAUCCAGCGAUCCAAAUGCCCCUAAUUACGAUCCUAAUGCUCCCCCCAUGACCGAAACCGAUCGCGGCCUACUCGGCGCUAUUGGCGGCGGAUUCGGUGGUCAUAUGCUAGGCAAGAAAGCCAACCAUGGCUUCCUCGGUACGGUUGGUGGCGCCAUCUUGGGCAGCAUCACCGAAGAUUUCCUGAAAGACAAGAAGAAGAACCAUAACAGUAGCAACAGCAGCUGGGGCGGUAGCCGAUGGUAG